CUCUCCAAACACAACUCCUGUCGCUCUCUUGGUUACAGUAAGACAGUUUUUGCUUCUUGGUGACUAAUUAAAUGCAGGUCCUGAUCCUCUCUUUCUUCAAUGUUCAAACAAAUGAUGUCCUCCCUUUUUGAAAGAGCUACCACGACAGUGCAUAGAGAGGGUGAGAGUGAGAAUCACGUGACCUGCUGCCUCUGUUUCUUCCCUUUUCCAAAGGUCAAAACCCAACUAACCUACCCACCUCCUCCUUUUGUUCUUCUCCUCUACAUAUUUUCUUUCUCUUUUGUUUUUUCUGAGUUUCCCUUUCUUCAAUGGCCUCAACCGCUUCAAGAUUCAUCAAAUGUGUUACAGUCGGAGAUGGGGCUGUUGGGAAGACUUGCAUGCUCAUCUGCUACACAAGUAACAAAUUCCCCACUGACUAUAUACCAACAGUUUUUGAUAACUUCAGCGCCAAUGUAGUUGUCGAAGGAACUACUGUCAAUUUAGGCCUCUGGGACACUGCUGGACAAGAGGAUUACAAUAGAUUAAGGCCCUUGAGCUACAGAGGAGCGGAUGUGUUCGUCUUAGCUUUCUCGCUUGUUAGCCGUGCAAGCUAUGAGAAUGUACUGAAAAAGUGGAUCCCAGAACUUCAGCAUUAUGCUCCCGGAGUCCCUGUUGUUCUUGCUGGCACUAAAUUGGAUCUUCGUGAAGAUAAGCACUAUUUAGCUGAUCAUCCUGGAAUGGUGCCUGUAACUACUGCACAGGGAGAGGAACUCCAGAAACAGAUUGGUGCUGCAUAUUAUAUUGAAUGCAGCUCAAAAACUCAGCAGAAUGUCAAAGCAGUUUUUGAUGCAGCAAUCAAGGUAGUAAUCAAGCCACCACAGAAACAGAAGGAGAAGAAAAAACCACGCCAAGGAUGUUCUCUAUGGAAUGUCUUUCGUGGCAGUAAAUUCACUUGCUUCAAUUGAAGUUCAUUUUUCUUGACAAUGUUUUAGCACAUAGGUCACUUGAUCCAGCAGCUUAUUAUGCUAUCAAGAAUCUCCCUUCUGUUUUGUUAGUGCUCCAAAUCACUAUGACCGUAAUUUUUCAUGCACUGUUCUGAUACAAAUGAAGUAAUGAACAAUUUUUCUCUCAAAAGAUUGUCACACACAGAGUGACUGGUUAAUACUUCUUAGGGUUAUUUUCUAACUGCUGGAAGGAAAGGAUGGUGCCACACCUAGCUUAUUUAUUUCUGCAGUGUAAAAAGUUUGGAGUUUGAGUUUUUUUAGUUGUAAAUUUUUUAGAGAAGAAGUGCAUUACAAGUUUCUGUUACAUGAGAUUCUUUGCAGUAUAACAAAGUCCCAAAGGAAAACUGAAAAAGGAGAAUGACCCUGAACGUUUUGAUA